AUGGUCAGCACGCGCAGUAAAGCCGCCCAGAGUGAGUUUCAACUCUCAUUUUUAGGAUUUCAAUUGAAUUGUCUUGCAGAAACUGAUUCGACCGAUAACAAUUCAGUGCAAAGGAGUUUCACCGGCCGUUCGACCGAAUAUUGUCAGUUCUUUUCUCUUUCAUAAAAGUUCAAUCAAUAUCGAUUUCAGCGGCUGCAUCACGUGACACUGUCGAGCCGAAGACCAAAGGACAGUCGGUGUCCAAGAAGACGGCUCCGAAAGCGAUGAAAGUGGAGAAAGUGGCCGUCAAACGGAACGUCGGAAGGGCCAAGAAGGAUCAGGAUCAGGAGCCCUCCGAAGAUCCGGCCGUCAGGGAGGCGAAGAUCAACGAAGUGCGCAAAAUGCUCCACAAUUCGGUUCUGAACAGAUGA